AUGUCCACAAAACCACGCGAUCUUCUCCCGCCCUCUAGGCAUCACCUUUGGGGUCCAGAACGUCGUCGUCUUUCCUCUCAUCUCAUACAAAAAGCUCUAGAUGCCCUUCCCGGUUCUCGUUCUUCGGAUUCCUCGCAAAGUAAACCGUAUAGUGCGAUUAAGAGACCAUAUGAGCAAAAUAAAUUUACAGGGAAGGCGAGUAGAUCGUAUGUGCCUGAAGCACCUGUUAGUGAGAGGGUAAAGAGGAAGGAGAGACCGUUGACGCCGAGGGAGGGGUAUGGAUUGGGGGUUUUUGGGAUGGGGUUUGAAGUUCUGGAGGUGGAUGGGGUGGGGAAUAGGGAGGAAGGUGUGGAGAGGAGGUUUUUUGGUCAGGGGGGAAGUAGUUUUUUUGGUGCGUUGCCGAGGGAGGCGAGGAUGGAGAUUUAUGAGUGGGUGUUGGGAAGGAGGGUGUUGCAUAUUGUGAGGAGGAAAACUAAAUUGGGUCAUGUUGUUUGUAAAUGUGAAAGGAGAAACUCGGAUGGAAGAGAUACGAGGGAAGAAGAUGCGUGUAUGGUUGCGGGGUGUAGGGGUGUGAAGAUUGUUGGGGGUAGUGGAGUGCAUGAGGAAGUUGGAGAGGGUAGCGGAGGGUUAAUUCAAUUACUGCAGGUUUGUAGACGGAUAUAUUCCGAAGCAAUUCCCCUUCUCUACUCAGCCAAUACCUUCGAUUUCGACAGCAUGGAAUCACUUAUCUCCUUUAGCAACGAAAUACUUCCUCGGCGUUUCGAUUCCAUCACUUCAGUAACACUCUCUUUUUCCUUUGACACCUCCUCUCUCUUCAACGAAUCCUCCAGCAACAACGUUCCCCGCUGGGAACGCACAUGGAUGAUAAUCGGAUCGAUGAAAUCCCUCCAAAAUCUCCAAGCGACAAUUAUCUGGCCGCGAAAAAUCCCAGCUUGGAGUCAUGAAAUGAGAUUGUUGGAGCCACUGAAGAUGGUUGCGGGUCUGGGGAAAGAGGCGUUUGUGGUUAGAUUGAGGGAGUUGAGCGUGGAGGCGAGGGGGAGGGGUAAAGCUAGAGCGUUUGAGGUUGGGAGGGGGUUUCAUGUUGGGAACGCGAGGGUAGUACCAGCAGUAGGAUUUGACGAGGAAACAGAGGAGGAUUUACCAUUUAAAAUUGUGAGGAUGAAAGUAUAA